UCCACGCCAGGGCUCCGGUACAGCGUCUCGGCUGGUCUUCUCCAUACUCAUGAACAUACAAAGGUCAACCCCUAUCACGAUAGCACGAUAUGGGAGACCGCGGAAUAAAACCCAGGAUUUUGAGGAGCUCUCGUCCAUACGGUCCAUCGAGCCAAGCCAGAGUUUUAGCCCGAAUCUAGGCUCGCCGAGCCCACCGGAGACCCCGAACUUGUCGCAUUGCGUUUCUUGCAUCGGGAAAUACUUAUUGUUGGAGCCUCUCGAGGGAGACCACGUUUUCCGAGCCGUACAUCUGCACAGUGGCGAGGAGCUGGUUUGCAAGGUGUUUGAUAUUGGCUGCUACCAGGAGUUAUUAGCACCAUGUUUUUGUCUGCCUGCACAUAAAAAUAUCAACCAAAUUACUGAAAUAAUUCUUGGUGAGACAAAAGCGUAUGUGUUUUUUGAAAGGAGCUAUGGGGACAUGCAUUCAUUUGUUCGUACCUGCAAGAAGCUUAAAGAAGAGGAGGCAGCCAAACUCUUCUAUCAAAUAGCUUCUGCUGUUGCACACUGCCAUGAUGGUGGACUGGUACUGCGAGAUCUCAAGCUGCGAAAGUUUAUUUUCAAAGAUGAAGAAAGGACUAGAGUGAAAUUGGAAAGCUUAGAAGAUGCAUAUAUUUUAAGAGGAAAUGAUGACUCUCUUUCUGAUAAACAUGGAUGCCCAGCUUAUGUGAGUCCAGAGAUCUUGAACACAAAUGGCAGCUACUCUGGCAAAGCAGCGGACGUAUGGAGUCUAGGUGUCAUGCUUUAUACCAUGCUAGUUGGACGCUAUCCUUUCCAUGACAUUGAGCCUAGUUCCCUCUUCAGCAAGAUUCGUCGUGGGCAGUUUAACAUUCCAGAAACUCUAUCCCCCAAGGCAAAAUGCCUCAUACGUAGCAUACUGCGUCGGGAGCCAUCGGAAAGGCUGACUUCACAGGAAAUUCUGGACCAUCCAUGGUUUUCUACAGAUUUUAAUGUAUCGAAUUCAGGAUAUGGUGCUAAGGAAGUAUCAGAUCAGCUGGUGCCUGAUGUCAACAUGGAAGAAGACUUGGACCCAUUCUUUAACUGAGCACAAAGACUGGUGUUCAGAAGGUACACAACCUGGAGCUGGACACAUGAAGGAGCCCUUCCUGACCGUGUUAAAUCACAUCCUGCAUCAGCCUAGCUUGGUAGCAAAAGACACUCAAGAGGUCCUCAGAUUGAGAAGGAACCUCCACAAGGAGCUAAUAUAACAAAUGUAGCAUGGGGACA